UCUCCUUUACGCGGCUACUAUAAUUAGAGCUUUCACCCUUCUCUUUCUUCUUCACAUUUCUCUCUUUCUCUUCUCAUUUCUUCCAGAUCCGAUUCAUCCAUCAAUGGCUUCCAUCGCCGACGGUACCAGAUCUACCUCCGAUACCAAUGGCAAGGCCGCUGAACCGGCGGAGAAGCGACGGACGGCCUUAAUUACUGGCAUUACUGGUCAGGAUGGUUCCUACCUUACUGAGUUCCUUCUCGAUAAGGGCUAUGAAGUCCAUGGAUUGAUUCGGAGAUCUUCCAACUUCAAUACUCAACGAAUCAACCACAUCUAUAUCGAUCCUCACAAUGCUAAUAAGGCACGAAUGAAGCUUCACUAUGCUGACCUUACUGACGCCUCCUCUCUCCGUCGAUGGCUUGAUAUUAUUCUUCCUGAUGAGGUUUAUAACCUCGCAGCUCAAUCUCAUGUUGCUGUUUCUUUCGAAAUUCCGGAUUAUACUGCUGAUGUUGUUGCCACUGGUGCUCUACGUUUGCUUGAGGCUGUUCGAUCUCAUAUCGCUGCUACUGGUCGUAGCCACAUUCGAUAUUACCAAGCGGGAUCGUCUGAAAUGUUUGGGUCUACGCCGCCUCCUCAGUCGGAGACGACUCCAUUUCAUCCUCGAUCUCCUUAUGCUGCAGCGAAAUGCGCUGCGCAUUGGUAUACUGUUAAUUACCGUGAGGCCUACGGGAUUUUCGCUUGUAAUGGGAUACUAUUCAACCAUGAAUCGCCUCGCAGGGGAGAGAAUUUCGUGACGAGGAAGAUCACACGAGCUGUAGGUCGGAUCAAGAUUGGACUGCAGAGCAAGCUGUUCUUGGGGAAUCUGCAGGCGUCGAGGGAUUGGGGUUUUGCAGGGGAUUAUGUGGAAGCGAUGUGGAUGAUGCUGCAGCAAGAUCAACCUGAUGAUUACGUGGUUGCGACGGAGGAAUCUCAUACGGUGAAGGAGUUUUUGGAGGUGGCAUUUGGGUAUGUUGGAUUGAAUUGGAAAGAUCAUGUAGUGAUCGACAAGAGAUACUUCCGGCCGGCGGAGGUUGAUAAUCUGAAGGGUGAUGCAAGCAAGGUGAAAAGGGUAUUGGGAUGGAAACCAAAAGUUGGAUUUGAGAAGCUGGUGAAGAUGAUGGUGGAUGAAGACGUUGAAAUAGCCAAGCGAGAGAAGGUAUUGGUUGACGCUGGCUAUAUGGAUGCACAGCAACAGCCUUGAUUGCUUCAGAUCAGAUAGAACCAACCAACCAACAACCACUGCUCUAGAAGAUGGAUCUUAACAAGCAAAACGAGAAGGUGACAUCGGUGGGGAACUUCCAGGGGAUGAAAGGGCUAGAGAGGAGAAGUUCGUAAUGUGGCUGUUGCCUCUGCCCUGGGCAGCUGGUUGGUUGGUCUGCCGGUGGCGAUUUUAGUGGGAGCCAACUCCUUUCAAAGGGCUUCUACGGUCAGCGGUCCAGAUUUUGAUUUUGGAACACUGCUUUAUGACAUUUUCCUGACAGCUUGAUGUUGCUGUAAACAGCAAAUUUGACAAUGGAUGAAUGCUGGAAAAAGAAACCAACGAAUCAAGAAUUGGCAUUUUUAUAUU